AGGAUGGAGAGGAACCGAGGAGGUGGGGGCGGAGCCUUGUUCCGCAAAUAAAACCCUUCGCUGACAGGGACUCACGCUCGUGUGUGGAGAAACCACUCUGCGGUAGCCCGGAGAGAUGGGGCAAUCUGUGCCGUAGGACGGAGGUCGGAAGAAGGAAAACAAGGACGAGAAGAUCAGCGAGAAAAGAGGACAUCGGGGAAAAGCGGAAGCAGAAGACCGGGCAGGGAAAAGAACCCCAUGGCAGGUGGAAACCAGAUUUAGAGCAAAACGGUCAGGUCCACGGGUUUCUGUUUUUCGUUUUUCUGCAAGAGAAGAAAGUACCUGAAGAUUGCCUCUUUUUCCGCUCCCCCCCCCCUUCUACAGUUAAUGAAAACUACUUUUGUCCUCAUCAUAAAAGAAAAGACGAAGGGGAGGUAAAGGCAGUCUCUGUUUUAUUAGGAGAGCUGCAGGGAAAUCCAGACUCUGUUUCUGAAGCGUCUGAGAUCAGCCGCUGCCCGGCACACAGCGACCAUCCUGGUUCCGAAGACACAUCCCUCCCGGCAGAAUUCCAGCCGGAGCCGCUGGUACAGUUCUAUUUCUCUAUUUAAAUAUACCUGUCUUUCCCGCCCCUCUCCACCCUUGUAGCGACAUUUUCCUUGUUUUUAAACACGAGUGACGAGAAAGCGUCAAUCCGGAGUAGGGAUAUUUUUCUUUUUCUUUUUUAUCUGCUUGUCCUUUUUAGAGGGUAGGAGCGGUCCCUGUUUCGGGAAAGGGCGUUUUACUUUAAAGGCUCCCUCCCAGUAUAUUUACACGCACACGCGUUUAGAUAGAGACACAGCUUUUGGAGGUUGAAAUCCUACCUAGAAAAAUGGAAAAAGGAGCCAGGCACCGAAACAACACCGAAAAGAACCACCCAGGUGGGGGCGAGUCGGACGCCCGCCCGGAGGCCGGUGCCGGAGGGGGCGGGGUAGCCCUGAAGAAAGAGAUCGGAUUGGUCAGCGCUUGCGGUAUCAUCGUAGGGAACAUCAUCGGCUCCGGAAUCUUUGUGUCGCCCAAGGGCGUGCUGGAGAACGCCGGCUCUGUGGGCCUCGCCCUCAUCGUCUGGAUUGUGACAGGUCUCAUCACAGCUGUGGGAGCCCUCUGCUAUGCUGAACUUGGGGUCACCAUCCCCAAAUCUGGAGGUGACUACUCCUAUGUCAAGGACAUCUUCGGAGGAUUGGCUGGGUUCCUGAGGCUGUGGAUUGCGGUGCUGGUGAUCUACCCCACCAACCAGGCUGUCAUCGCCCUCACCUUCUCCAACUACGUGUUGCAGCCGCUCUUCCCCACCUGCUUCCCCCCAGAGUCUGGCCUUCGACUCCUGGCUGCCAUCUGCUUAUUGCUUCUCACAUGGGUCAACUGUUCCAGUGUGCGGUGGGCCACCCGAGUUCAAGACAUCUUCACAGCUGGCAAGCUCCUGGCCUUGGCCCUGAUCAUUACCAUGGGGGUUGUACAGAUAUGCAAAGGAGAAUACUUCUGGCUGGAGCCAAAGAACGCAUUUGAGAAUUUCCAAGAACCUGACAUCGGCCUCAUCGCACUGGCCUUCCUUCAGGGCUCCUUUGCCUAUGGAGGCUGGAACUUUCUUAAUUACGUGACUGAGGAACUUGUUGAUCCCUACAAGAACCUUCCCAGAGCCAUCUUCAUCUCCAUCCCACUGGUCACAUUUGUGUAUGUCUUUGCCAAUGUCGCUUAUGUCACUGCAAUGUCCCCCCAGGAGCUGCUGGCGUCCAACGCAGUCGCUGUGACUUUUGGAGAGAAGCUCCUUGGGGUCAUGGCCUGGAUCAUGCCCAUUUCCGUUGCUCUGUCCACAUUUGGAGGCGUUAAUGGGUCUCUCUUCACCUCCUCCCGGCUGUUCUUUGCUGGAGCCAGAGAGGGCCACCUUCCCAGAGUGCUGGCCAUGAUCCACGUGAGGCGCUGCACCCCAAUCCCAGCCCUGCUCUUCACAUGCAUCUCCACCCUGCUGAUGCUGGUCACCAGCGACAUGUACACACUCAUCAACUACGUGGGCUUCAUCAACUACCUCUUCUAUGGGGUCACGAUUGCUGGACAGAUAGUCCUUCGCUGGAAGAAGCCUGAUAUUCCCCGCCCCAUCAAGAUCAACCUGCUGUUCCCCAUCAUCUACUUGCUGUUCUGGGCCUUCCUGCUGGUCUUCAGCCUGUGGUCGGAGCCGGUGGUGUGCGGCACCGGCCUGGCCAUCAUGCUGACAGGAGUGCCCGUCUAUUUCCUGGGUGUUUACUGGCAACACAAGCCCAAGUGUUUCGAUGACUUCAUUGAGUUGCUGACCCUGGUGAGCCAGAAGAUGUGUGUGGUCGUGUACCCCGAGGCAGAGAGCGGCUCAGGGACAGAGGGGACAAAUGAUGACAUGGAGGAGCAGCGGCAGCCCAUCUACCAACCCACUGACACCAAGGACAAGGACUUGGGAAGGAGCAGUCACCCUGUCAGCCCUGCAGCCACACCCCGGCACAGUCACCCCGAGCCAGCGCUGCCAGCCGCACCCACCAGGCCCUCAUCCUCCUCUCUGGACCUUGGCUCGGGAACUGGGACAGACCUGGUAUUGAAUGUCUCCCCCAGGAGGAAGGGUACUUUCCCACCUCCCCAGAGGGGCCCAUUCCACGUCUUCAGAGACUGCGUGGGGAGAGCCUGUUUUCCGAAGGCCAGUUGCCCACCCUCCCCUAACUCAGAUAACUCUCCCUCCUCUCCAGUCUCACCACCAUCCUGUCUUGGGACAGGAUGGGAGGGCAGUGGCAGGAUGGCACCCACCCCAGAGACCCUCAGAAAGGCCCCCUGUGGUAUGCGGCCUUCUGACUGUCCGCUGUGCUCCAGAGGAAGCCUUGGUGUUAGCCCUGGGCCUUGAGGCCUCCCCAGCGACACCUGCUGUGCUAAGGACACAGCAGGAUUCUCUCUGCGCCCCCUCUGCAUUCCGUCUGCUUAAACUGGAGUACCCAGGGGUCCCUCCUGGCCUGGGUCAUGUCCCCAGCUCCCCACCCGGCUUGCCUGCCCCAUAGGUGGUGAGAUGCCACGGUUGGUCCGAAUUAUGGCCCCUUCCAUGUAGAACCAGGCAGGCUGGGGUUGGCCCCUGGAGGGUCAGGGGACCAUCUUCCUGUUCCUUCCCAUUCCUCCAACCUCCUCACCUCCUUCAAUUAUUAUUUUUUUGUAAAGUGGAUGCCUUACUUUUUGGAUAAAUAUUUUUGAAGCUA